GAUACGCCAACUACACGAUGCAGAUGGUUGCAAACGCCACGGGCCAUGACGUCGUCUGGAACCGCACUGGUCGUUGGCUUUCCGAGCUUUCCGAGGAGGAGCCAAGGGAGCUGCGCAAGCAGGAGCUUCCCCCCAGAGCACGCUACAUCAACAAGAUCCUGAUCUACCUGAACAAGGAGAUGGAGGUCGUGUGGAAUAUGAAGACCAUUGUCGACCGAAAGCGCUGGGGUGUCGGAAACGUCAUCACAUCCUCGCCCUAUGGCCCGCACGGCGAACACCCGGAGCGCUGGCGUGCGAAUGGCUCGUUUCCGUUUCCCACGCUACCGAACAGCACCAUUCUUCUGCAGGACAAGAAGAUCAACUUGGUGAUCCGCAUCAAGCCCGACAUUGAAGAGCACGAGAACAAGUACGCGAAGCAGCUCCAGGCCGACUACGAAUCCUUGGUUUACAACAUCAACGACGCCAGUCAGAAAAUCAGCGAUCUGCGGACCAGGCUCUGGAAGAUGGAAGAUUUUGCGCAGCAGUUCAUUGUCCUUCCGUCCGGUGUGUGGAACAAGAUCGUCAAAGCGCUGUUGGCAGAAGCACCGAACGAGGGUCUGCCGCCUGAGGAGGCGGUGCAGUUGUUAGAGCCUGUGCCCCAGUUUUGUAGUGCAGCGCAGAUCAGCCUGCUGCUGGAAGUCCGUGCAGACACCUUCAUUGGGUUGUUGCUGGAGUCCCUGUGCGACCUGCUCCAGCCGAGUUUAGCCACUGCCACAGUGCAGGCAAUUUGGUUUUCUUUUGACGGUGACUGGAGACGGCCGCCUCUCUUGGAACAGAUAGCCGGCAAAGCUGUGCAGCUCGUCAGCGAAAGGCCGCCAACGAGCGAACGGCCCCUGCCGGCCCACCUGUCCCAGCUCUGCUCGGCGGUCCUGACAAAGAUAAUUGCUGCGUUCAUCAGCGACACUCAGACCGCCGACAGCGACGAAAAGCUCGCAGCCAGCAAUGCAGAGCUGGAAAGGCUGCAGAAGCAGUGGCAGAUCCGGCGUUCUGUGUGGGAGCUGAUGGGAAAGAUCGAGGAGAGCCCAAAGAAGGCACGAGCGAUCUUUGAGAAGUCGGGCUUGGCCGAGGCCAUUCCGGUGCCCCCAGUCGGAGGCCUCGCAGCCGGGGAGCCUGGAACGGAGGAGUGGGUGCUCAAGCUGGUUUGGCUGCUCCGGACCGUGAACUUCGCGGUGCCUUACUCAGCAGUCGGCGAGUUCUUCGGUCAGCCGAAGGAGGACAGCGAGAAGGCUGUCACUUCUUUCGCCGAGACCUUCGAUUGGGGAGCAGCGGAUAUCGAGAAGGCCGGGUAUACGGGCUCGAGAGACAAGGACGAAAGUGGGGCGGGGGAGGAUGGACUCAGGGGUAAGCGCCGCCUCUCCUUGCAACGAGGCCUUGCGGAGCUUCCUUGA